GCCUCAACACCCUGCGAAAAGGACUAAUACUUCAUCUCACACUGGUAUUCUGUGGAGAAAAUACAACCAAACCAGCAUGAUGCGGGAAUGAUGCUGUCGGACCUACCUUGAGAAUGUACGAGGUGAUGUCGGGUGACACCAGCACCCUGUCCUGGAAGGUGCCCAGUCCCAGCCUCAGCGGCCCAGAGACCAGCCCCAAAGUGGACUUCACCGGGGAUGGAGGACCAGUUAAGAUCCUCAAAGUUUGCUUCUCUACAAGCAACAACCUGAGCAAAAACUUCAAGCUAGUCAAAUGUGACGGUUCCUGGCAGAUCAGGGCAAUCAUCCAGUCAAUCCUGGUUAGUGGUCGACUAGGACCAAACAUCCAACACAAGAAUUGCUAUGGCCUCCUAUUGAAGCACCUGAAGUCGGAGGAGCUCCACUGGCUCCAUCCUGAUCUGACCGUGGAGGAGGUGGAGCAGCGUUAUGAGAGCCACCAUGUGGAGGCUGAAUGGAGGUAUGACCUGCGCAUCAGAUACGUCCCUGUCAAUUUCUUGGACAAAUUCUCAGAGGACAGAACCACGCUGCUGUAUUUUUACCAACAGGUGCGUAGUGAUUACAUGCAGUACCAUGCCAGUAAGGUCAGUGAUGGGAUGGCUCUGCAGCUGGGCUGUCUGGAGAUCAGGCGGUUCUACAAAGACAUGAAUGCAAAAGGUUUAGAGAAAAAGUCAAACUUUGAGCUGCUAGAGAAGGAAGUGGGCCUGGAUCUCUUCUUUCCCCAGGAGCUGAUUGACAGCAUGAAGCCGAAACAGUUGCGGAAGUCGAUUCAGCAAAUGUUUCAACAGUACGCCACCCUCAAGGGGGAGGAGUGUAUGGUGAAGUUUUUUGAGACCCUCCGAGAAUUCAUCAACUAUGAUGAGGAGGUCUACCCCUGUGAACUAGUGCAAGGUUGGAGUCUGUCAGUGGAGCUGGUGGUUGGUGCCAGGGGCAUUCGCCAACGCACACAGAAGGAUUCAGCGCCCGUGUUUCUUGCCGACUUCAAACAGAUCAAGAGCAUAAAAUGCACGUCUCAGAGCAACGGCAAAGCUCUUAUAAACUUGGACAUAGAAGGAGCGAGACAACCCUUGUCCGUCAAUGCAGCCACAUUUGCCAUGGCAGAGAAUAUGGUAGACCUUAUGGACGGCUACUGCCGCUUGCAGAAUGACACAGAUGAGUCAUUUAUCUCCCGUCCAACUAAAGGUGCCACUUUACGAAGCUCCCUACCUGAGAUCCCAACAGGAAUGGAGACAGGCUCCUUCAGAUACAGCAUGGGCUCAGAUAUUUAUUGUGAGAUAUCGGACGAAAGGCCAAAAUCGGUGGUGAAGUAUGGGCUCGACCGAAAUGACAUUGCCCUCGGCCGAAUUCUUGGCGAGGGGUUCUUCGGAGAGGUCUACGACGGAGUCUACAAACAACCGAACGGAGACAGGACCAAAGUGGCUGUGAAAACCUGCAAAGACUGUUCACCCGAUGUCAUGGAGAAGUUCAUGAGUGAAGCAAUGAUUAUGAAGAACCUGGACCAUCCACACAUUGUCAAACUGAUUGGAAUCAUAGAGGAGGACCCGGUGUGGAUUGUCAUGGAGCUCUAUCAAUACGGAGAGCUUGGGAACUACCUGACAGAGAACCAACAUAAGCUGACCAACACAAUCCUAGUCCUGUUCAGUAUGCAGAUCUGCAAAGCUCUGGUCUUCCUGGAGGGGGUCAACAUGGUGCACAGAGACAUCGCGGUGCGGAACGUGCUUGUUGCCAGUCCAGACUGGGUGAAGCUGGGUGACUUUGGUCUCUCUAGAUACAUAGAGGAUGAAGAAUACUACAAAGCAUCUGUAACACGACUGCCAAUCAAAUGGAUGGCUCCUGAAUCCAUCAACUUCAGGCGUUUCACCUCCGCUAGCGAUGUCUGGAUGUUUGCUGUGUGUGUGUGGGAGAUCAUGAGCCGUGGGCAGCAGCCCUUCUUCUGGCUGGAGAACAGGGACGUGAUAAACCAACUGGAGCAGGGCAUCAGGCUGCCUAAGCCGGAGAACUGCCCCCCAACCAUCUACUCUCUCAUGACCCGCUGCUGGUCCUACGACCCCCGGGAGAGACCCAACUUCACCGAGCUCGUGGUCAAGAUCAGUGAUGUCCACAAGAUGGAGAAAGAGCAGGAGGUGGAGAGACAGCGGGACAGAAUGCGCUCCACCAAGUGCUUUGAGCCAAAGUUCAACUUCAACGAACCUCCUCCUAAGCCGUCCAGAAUGAAACCAGGACGCUUUGGGAACACACUCAGUAUUGGACUGCACAUUCAGCUGAAUGAGGCUUUGUGUGCUAGCUCACCUGACCUGGCCAGCCCAUGUGAAUAUCAGUCCCCUGUUGACUCAACCAACAACCUGAUGGUGCCAAGGAUGUCACCUCGACGUCGCAGCAUGGGGGAGAGCGAGUUCCCCCGACUGGAGCCAAACAGCAAAGAAGAUGCCCGGCUCUUGUGGCAGAUGGAUAAACUAAACAUACAGGACACGCUCCGCCGACAGAAACAGCAGAUGAAGGAGGACGAAAAGUGGCUGGAGAAGGAAGAGAGACUCCUGGAUCCCAUGGGACGGGAUGACCCCACCAGCCCAGUGGUUCCCGAACCUGAGAACGAACAUGUACCACCAGAGAAGCCCCCACGUCUCACCGCACAGCCUGCCCCGACGGCUGAGCUUGACCGCUCCGAUGACAAAGUUUACCAUUCUGUCAUGAACCUGGUCAAAGUAGUCGUCCAACUCAAAAAUGACAUCAUCACAAUGAAGCCUGAGGAGUACAUCUCUCUUGUCAAGUCUGUUGGACUGGCUUUACGAGAUCUGAUUCACAACGUGGAUGACAUUCUGCCCACCUUACACGAGUCUGUCAGGACGGAGAUUGAGGGCACCCAGAAGCUGCUGAACAACGACAUGGCCGAGUUGAUAAAUAAGAUGCGUCUUGCCCAGCAGAAUGCAAUUACCUCUUUGAAGGAAGAGUGUAAGAAACAGAUGCUGGCCGCGGCACACACGCUGGCCAUGGACGGGAAGAACAUGUUGGACGCUGUGGACCAAGCCAGAGUCAGAGCCAACUUGGCCAAGCCAAAACCACCGGACCCAUAGGGGGGCUGCAAACUCUCAUGAGCUCAAUUUACACUGCCAGCCGGAAUUAAUUUUUUUUUUCCAAAUUUGGGAUAAAAACACAGUUUUACAGUCAAACAUCAGUGUAAAAAAACUCAGCCUCAAAACUCAGUUGAAAAUAUUCAGAUGGGUAAAAACCUUCAACUGAGCUUGGCACUCUGAACUCACUAGAGUUAUCCUGUAUAAGGAAGUCAAAGGUUUGGUGAGAACAUAUUAAAUAUGAUGCCACUAUUGAAUGGACAUGACUUAACUUCAAAAGAAGUCACUUGCAUGUCCAUGAUUUUACCAAAGUAUGGCAAAAACAAAAUCAGACCGAUGUGGAUAAGCUAGGUAGACACGUAGCACCAUAUUCAAAAUGCUGUCUCUGUCGUAAGUCACCAUCUGACAACUUCCAGUUAAUGCAAAAUCUUCCCUUUUGUGGUAGAAUUGUUUUCAGGUCAGUGUCUGAUGACUGCUCAUUCAGCAAAUGUGUCUGUAUUGUAAAUAUGAGUUCUAUCACAACAGGUUGUACUUGCACCACAUUAACAGCCAAAUAGUUUCUAUUUUUGAAAAAAGGAAGAGUACUGCAAACCAAAGGCAGCAAAUGGUUUUAUCAUUUAACCGUGUUGCCAGCCUUAGUAAAAUGUAAAGACAUUAGACACAGAGAAAGCAAUAUAUCAAGUAGCUCUAAGAGAAAAAUAACUGCCAGUGUUUCCCCUGAAAGUACUGUCAAUAGGAUUAAUGUUUGCUCUUUGGUAUUCUUGGUCCGUGUCAUUAUUACACUUAAUAAAAUGUUACA